AAUCUGUUGAUCGAAUAUGUUGAUUUGGUAUUUUUUAAAAUUCAUACCAAAUCUGGGUUUUCUCUCUCAAACUUCAUCUUCUUCCUUUUUUCCUCCUUCGAUAGUUUUCCCUCCUCAUUCCCUAUCAACCUUCCUCCUUCCUUUCCCUGCUCAUCCUUCUUCUUUCUUCUUCUUAUUCUUUCUUUCUCUUCUCCCUUCUUUCUCUUCUCCCUUCUUCUUCCUCUUUCAAACCCAGAUCUAGGUUUUUCUCAAACCCAAAUAUUCAUGUUACAUCCAUAAUAGGCAUCAAACUUUAAAAAAAAAAAAAUCAAACUAAAAUCAAGGGAAGCAGAUUAAAAUCUGAAAAAAGAUACCCCACCCACGGGAAGUUCUCUCUUAACUGUUUCUCGUCUAAGAUUUAUACCUAAGAAGCAAACAAAUGCAGAUCUGCAGUUUUUCGGCACAAAUGUCGACCUCCUUCCUCUACUCUUCUACCUUACCACAGCAAAAUAGCAAAGCCCUCCCUUAGUCGCCUAAAUCUCACCUAAAGUAUGCUAGAAAUCGCCCUUUUUCUCUCCCAUCUCUUCCGUUGCUGUUUCUGCAGAAAUCACCGAGAACACAAGUUGGAAAUUUCUGAGAUUUUUGUCCCUUUUGUUCGGCUGUCACAGAAGAAAUACAAGAGGUUUUCUAUUGUUUUGAGUGGAGGGAGUGGUUGUUUGGAGGUGAUCGGUGAAGAUGAUGAAAUCGGAAAGAUGAUCUGGGAAGAUGGUGACAAAAAGAGAUCAAAAUUGGCAAAAAGAAGAUUUUUUUUUUUUUUUUUGUGUGGCUGUCCUCCCAGAUCUGGGUUUGAGAGAGAGAGUGACGCAUCAAUUGAUCCUUCAGGUAUCGUUGCAGCAACCCCACCUCACUCUGUUCCCCUUCAUUAUUGCACCCACACCCCUCCUCGCAUCCCCGCAGCCGCUCCUCCUCUUUUGUCGACUGUCGUGCAACCGCUUUCCUUCUCCUCCUUUCGCUACAAAUCCAGAAGCAAAACUUCGUGGCACAAAGUAGAGGAAAAGUUGCACAUAGGAGAGGGAGGAAGAUAAGAGAGCAGAGCAGGAGGAACAAGUACUGACUCCAGGGCGUCCGCUUGCAGCCACGUGCAGAGGUCUAGCACAAACUGAGCCAGCGCGAAGCUUGCUUCAUCAUGAAUUUGUGUGGUGUUUAUGAAAAAAAUGUAGGAGUGGUAUGUUAAUGAAUAAAUUUGUUAGUUGUAUGGUGUUUAUUGCUUGUAUUUUCCAUUUUAAUGUAUGAAUUUUCACCAGAUUGAUUUGGGUUUGGGUUUGAGAAAAACCCAGAUCUGGGUUUGAGAGAGAAAGAAGAAGGGAGAAGAGAGAAAGUGAAAGGGGAAGAGAAAGAAGAGAUGUUUUAUUUUAUGACGUGGAUAGAAGAAAAAGAUAUAAUUAUU